AUGAACGAGCUUCAAAGAAAAGACGAAAUCAUUUCAAUUUCCCUGGUCUGCAGCUGGCACAAGGUGCGGUGGAGGAUCCGCGUCUCCUGUUUUCCACCUUCAGGUUGGAUUUUUCACGGGCUCUGGAGAGGAACGAGGCGCUGGAAGCAGAGCGGGGCUGAACGCGGCUCCUCCUCCGGAUCGGGACCAUCCCCGCUCCUCCAUCCCCUCCGGAUCGGGACCAUCCCCGCUCCUCCAUCCCCUCCGGAUCGGGACCAUCCCCGCUCCUCCAUCCCCUCCGUGUCGGAGCCAUCCCCGCUCCUCCAUCCCCUCCGGAUCGGAGCCAUCCCCGCUCCUCCAUCCCUCCGAGCCCUGCAGCGAUUCCCUGCCGCGGGCACCGAGGGUCCCUUCCCGGUGUGGAGGGAGGGCUCUCUGGCUCAGGAACUGUGCUGUGGGGCUGAGCAGAGAUGGAUUGUUGUUUGUGGUGUCCCUGCAGGCCAUGGAGAGGCUGGAGGAGGAGCUGAGCUGUGCUGUGACAUCUCGGUGGAGCCCCGGGACGUGCAGGGCUCACCCCCGGCAGCCGCUGAACAUUUCCUGCUGCAGGACCUGUGGCUGGGGAGCCUCAGCAUCGAUGGACUCCAGAGCUCCUCCAGGAGAGCCAGGGAGGCUGAGGGACAGCUCCUGCAGGAGCUGAUGGAUCGCUCCAAGGUGUUUGUGUGCUCCCAGAGGCUGCGGCAGCACACGCGGUGCCAGAGCGCCCUGCAGAGCGCCAGGGAAGCUGGGCUGUGCUGGUUUAAGGAACUUGGUGAUGCCUUGGAGCAGGAAAAAGCAGCUCUGCUGAGCGUGCUGGAUGAACUGGGCAGCUGCAUCUCAGAGAAAUACGAGAUUCCACCAUUCCUCAUGGAGGAGGUGGAAGAAGUGAAGCUAGAAGAGUUAAAGGAGCUGCAUGCAGCUGUUCAGAACGAGUCCCUGCUGCUUUUCCUGGAGAAGCUGGACAGGCUGCAGCUGCAGCUCCACGCUCUCAGAAUGAAGCAACUCCCAGAGCCUGAGCCUGUGGAGACCCAUCUGAGGAUGGAGAAUGUGCUGCAGGACAUGUGGGGUAAAACUGAACUCGGGCAGCUCCACGGGAUCCCCACCCCAAAGCUCCACCUGGCUCACAAAAACCAACGCUCCGGAAAGCAAACGGCACCGUCUGCACUCUGGGUUGCUCUUACUGAACCAAACUUUAUUCUUCUGCUGAUCCUGAUCUCACUUGUGUGGUUAUGGCACGAGGAAAUCUCACCUGGCACCAUCCUGGCUCCUCUGGAGUGUCUCUGGGAAUUCCUGCUGCAGAUUUAUCAGGAUUUCUGCCUCUACCUGCAGGACAGAGUGCGAAAGCUGUGCCUCAUUUCUGCCCAAGCUCUGGAGUUGUGCAGGACAAUUCUUCCUGCUUCAAUUAGAUUGAAAUCCUAGUGCAGCAAUCCAGCAUUAUCUUCAAUUUCUACUUAAAAGCUGGAUUGUUAAAGCUCUACACUUGUUCUGUUUCUCUCUAUCCUUCCUUUCCUGUUUUGCAUGGAUUUCCCCUGAACUAAAGUUUUGAUCCACUUAAGGUGAGGAGAGUUUUGCCUCGAUCCCCAACUUGGGAAUUCGGUCCUUAACAUCCUC